AUGAGACUCCUACUCUCCUCCAUAUUGGCGGCCCAGACUGCCGUGGCCUCCGUCCUUCCGGCCGCCCAGCUGACGGCCCGGCAAGAGGCCUCGUCGGCGCGACUGCUCAUGUCCAGCUCGGGCAACUUUUUCCUCGCCGAUUUCGCCAACGACAAGCUCAGCCUCUUGCCCAAGAAGCCCAUCACCGGGCACGCCUCGUGGGUUGCCGUGACCAAGGACGCGGCCAAUGACAAGACGCUCCUCUACGCCCUCGACGAGAACGGCAGCAACACAACGAUAUUCAGCCUCGACGCGAAAACUGGUGACCUCGUCAAGGGGACGGGGAAAAUAGGCAGCAAUGGCGUCGUCCAUCUCGAGUUCAACAAAGACAAGACACGCAUGGUCGGGUCGUCGUACGGGGACGGCACCAUGGACAUCUGGAAGACGGAAAACGGCGGAUUGGAGCUUCUGAAAACCGUCGUCUCCGAUAGCGCCCUCGGUCCCAACAAGACGCGGCAGAGUAGUCGGCACCCGCACCAGGCUGUGCUGGAUCCGACCGGCCGUUUCUUCGCCGUCAACGACCUCGGCACCGACAGCAUCGUCGUGCUCGACUCCAAGGAUGACAGCUUCGCCAUCGUCAACACGCAGCUCGUGCCGGAGCCGGGAUGCGGCCCUAGGCACGGAUCAUUCUUUCCAGUCAACUCGGAGAAGGCGUCGCACUACAUGGUAGUCUGCGAGAUGACCAACAAGGUGCACGUCUUCAAAGUGAGCUACGAUAGCAGCACCAUCAAGAUGCAGCCCGUCCAAGCCAUUUCGACCUUUCAAGACGGAGGAAAUCACGAGCACGCUGCGGCGGGCGAGCUGGUUGUCGGGCCUGACAACAAGAGCGUGUACGUGUCGAACCGGCUCGAUAACUCCGACGGCAUUGCCCACUUUCGCAUCAAUCCCGGUCGUUGCGGAAAGCUUCUGGAGUUCGUCGGCGCCACGGCGACGGGCGGCACGAAGCCGCGAAUGUUCAGCUUCAGCAGCGACGGCAAGCACGUCUUUGUCGGGAACCAGGCGGGCGAGCUAGGCGCCGUCGUCCUUCGCAGGCGUGAGGACGGUACGCUGGAGGAGAAGCCUGUGGCGAGCAUCAAGGCUUCUGAAUUCGGAGAGCCCGAAUUCGGACCGUCGUUUGUGCAGCAGAUUGCCUGA